CCUGGACAAAUGCUUCAACAAUUACCACCACCUGACCUACUCAAUAUCGCCAAAAGAUGCCUCGUGUACAACCUGUUAGUAUUUGAGAAUGCCAGGAACGCACUGGAUCGAGAUAUAAAACAUUUCACGGAACGGGCCAUUGUGGAGGUACAAGAUUGUCUAAAUAAGCAGCAGCCAACCAAUCUUCGGGAUUGCUGCAACCUUCUGAAAGCCCUGUGUGCCAAAUGUCAUGUUAUCCAACAACUUUCUGCUGCAUUGAAAAACCUCACAUCUGAUCUACAAUGCAUCGCUAAAGCCCCUUUAAAGGGAAACCUACUUCCCAACCAGGUAGAACUGUCCAGGGAAAGGGCCAUCCAGGUGCCGGAUGUACUGAAGUUCGGCCCCAUGCUCCAGAAUGUCUUGAUGGCAAGUUCUAUCACAAGGGCAGUCCAGCUUCUGGGAGCUACCCUGUCCUUCCACCAGCUCCAGCUCUUCUUUACCUCCCAGGCUGAUAGUCUGCUCCCGAAGGAUGCAUUCACACACUGCACGGUGUCUACCACCCAGCACAGCACAGUCUUUGAGGCACCAGUCUUAACCUGUGAGGUUGCGAGGAAGCAUGACAAAGCACAGAACGUUGUUCGCUUGGAGAAAACGACAGAAGUACAGCAGAUUGGGGUUAAACCAAGUGUAGCGCUUCAGCCAGCACCGACUCCGCAGGUCAAUAUUCUGAAGUCAUCAUCAUCCCCACCACUGCCAAAUAACUAUCAACAUUCAGGUGACUGUAGCUCUAACAGCACACCAGUACCCUCACUGCUCAUUGGCCAGGGGAUGGAGAACAACGUAUUUUUGCUGCACCAGAAGCAGACUUCCUCCCAGCUUGUCCAUUUCCUGCGAUCCAAUGCCAAGAACAAGCAUGUUAUGGAGGUCACCUAUGAAUGGAGUGAAUACUUUCAGUACACCUCUGGUCUCUGCCAAACUGAAGCCGCUGCCACAGCGCCCCUUGUGGAUGGGGUGAUGAAGCACCAGACCAGAGAGGCUGAGAUGGAGGAGCCAGGAGUGGCAGCGUCACAAGUCCUGUUGAGGAAGCAGUCGUUCCCAGAGGUGGACACACACUACCCAGUCUUCACUGUGAAGAGAGUGGAGUCUGGAGGUUCUCUGACCUACACCUGCAUGAUCGCAACCAAAACCGAGCUCUGGGACGUGGGAGACAUCUUCACUGAUGUCAGACACACUACCUCUCAGAGUAGCGCCUUCGAGAAAGAAGGCAAUCUUCAAAUCUCCUGUACUGAAGAUCACGUGGAGAGGACCACCAAUGCUAUCCUGCCACCCAGCCAGCUCCAGACUGAAGAGGCCAACCCGAGGCUGGAGGUCAGCAGAGAUCUUGAGAUCUUCCAGAAGUGCUCUGUCUCAUCUUCCGUCAACCUCUUCAGAGGUCCAGAACUUAAGCACCUCAGCAUUCCAAAGUGUAGCCAAACGAGCAUUCCGAAGUUUCAGGUACGGAAGUAUGAGGAGAUGGCGGUGGUGGUUAGUCACAUGGUCAGUCCUGGGUGCUUCUACAUCCAGCAUUCAGAUGCCUCCCUGCAGCUUCAAGCCCUCCACGCAGACAGUCUGAAGGACAGUCGUUCAUUCGCAGAGCUGCGGAGCAUCCCAGAUAUUGGGAGCUAUGUGAUGAGCUGGUUCCCCUCACAGGAGAUGUGGUGCAGGGCCCAGGUCACCAAGAUCUGUGGCAUGUGUGGAGAGAACAACCCAACAGACUGUGACAGAACAUCCAGCAGCAUCCAGGUGGAGGUGAGGAGGCUGGACUACGGGGACUCUUCCUGUUUGUCCCUCUGGGACAUUAAGGAGCUCCAUCCAGAUAUGACCACACUUCCCCUUCAGGCUGUCCAGGUUGCUCUGGCCAAAGUGUCCCCGGCGGAGGGCUCUGCCUGGUCCCAGGUGGCGGUGGGUUGGUUCAGGGACAUGGUGGAGAACAGGACCCUGUUCGCCAGGCUUUAUAUUCAGGGAGAUGGGGAAGGUGCCAAGGUCCUUGUGGAGCUCUUCAUGGAGAGGGGGAAGAUUGGGGCCAUGAGGAGAGGGGCCUCCUUGUCGCUGAGAUUGGCUCAGAAUGGACACGCCAAGCAUGAUAAGCUGAGGAACGUGGGCAUCAAGAGAAGUAGUGCUCAAGAGCAGACAAGGAAACGAGAAGCAGCCUGGGGGAAGUACCUCAUCUCCUUGAUUUAUAACCUUCCAGACCUGGAAUCCAAAAUGAACUGGGGGUCCUUUUAUGCUGUGAUCAGCGGCGUAAACAGGUAUUCCACUGGCAUCGGCCGCAUUUGGCUCUCCGUGAUCUUUAUCUUUCGCAUCCUGGUCCUGGUGGUGGCGGCUGAAAGCGUUUGGGGCGACGAGAAGUCCGGGUUCACCUGCAACACCCAGCAGCCUGGCUGCAACAGUGUCUGCUACGACCAGUUUUUCCCCAUCUCGCACAUCCGCUUGUGGGCUCUGCAGCUCAUCCUAGUGUCCACCCCGGCCCUGCUGGUGGCCAUGCAUGUGGCCCACCGGCAUCACAUUGACAAGAAGAUCAUGAGGAGAACGGGCAGAGGCAGCCCUAAAGACCUGGAGCACAUCAAGAGCCAGAAGUUCCCGAUCGUCGGAGCUCUCUGGUGGACCUACAUGAUCAGCAUCAUCUUCAGAAUCGGCUUUGAGGUGACCUUCCUCUACAUCUUCUACGUGAUCUACCCCGACUUUAAGAUGGUGCGUCUGGUGAAGUGUGACUCGUUCCCGUGCCCAAAUACGGUGGAUUGCUUCGUCUCCAGGCCCACGGAGAAGACCAUAUUCACCGUUUUCAUGCUGUCUGUGUCUGGGGUGUGCGUGCUCCUAAACCUGGCAGAGGUGGCCUAUCUGAUUGGUCGAGCUUGCAUGCGAUGCUGCCAUGGCUCAGACGAGGAGAGCAAAGUAGCCUGGAUCACCCAGAAGCUGUCAUCCUAUAAACAGAAUGAGAUUAAUCAGCUGAUAGCGGACCAUUCUCUCAAGGCUAAGUUCAAUGUGACCAGAAAGACCCCUGUGGAGAAGGGUGAGAGGUGUUCUGCUUUCUGAAACACUAUCCCUCCAUACCCUUUUCAUUGCUUCCAACUAACGAUCAGUAACCCACUCAGAAUUCAAGACAUCAUUGGCAACAUGGUUACAGUUACAUAUCUGUUAUUACAUCCAUUCGUCCAUUCAUUAAUUCAUCCAUUCAUUAUACUGACUGUUGCAGGUAACAGGUCUGAAAAUGGGAUCCAGGUGUAGGAUUCGGAAAGUGAGGGAUCCUUAUACAUUUUUAAUGCUGGAUAGGAAUGAGGAGGAACAUUUUUUCAAGGGACUUCAAAAAGUCUCAAAAUCGUCUCCAGUUGGGGGUGGAACUGAAACAAAGCCCAUAGGAUAAAGCAGCAUUUGUUUGACGAAGUGACUUGCAGGAGCAUAAUGUGCUGUGCGAGGAAACCUAAUUUAGUCAUUGGUUUGAAGAAAACUGUACAUCAAUUCCUUCAUUAUUAUAUGGGUUGCUUAACUCAUAUUAAAUGACUUGGUGGAUGUUCAUACAGCAUAAGAAUUAGACCUAAGUGCAGUUUACAAAAUAUGGAGGUCAGAACAACCUGGAAACCUGAAGCACUUGAACACGUUUUUUGAGAGUUGGUUUAGAACAACUUUCUUGUGGAAAAACGAUGUGGCUUGUUGUCUAAUGGCAGAUCCUUUCAUUUGCCAUCUGAGAGAAUGGGGUUCAAUCCCAACUGGCUAUACCAACAAGGACUAUUGACACCUAGGUUACACUAUGUGUAAAAUAACAAAUGCUAACAUUUCAUCAGUUUAAAUAUUCAAAGCUGCAUAAUUUGUUUUGUGGAAGUUGGGUUUGAGUGCUGGUGGUUCAUAUCCAAAUCUUCAAGAUCAAAGAUAUCUGGAUCUCUCACAACAGGAAUGUUACUGAACUGCUUUUGAACUUGUCAUUCUUCUGGGGCAUGGCCCUGCACUAUUUCAGCACCUUAAAAUGGUGGCUUUGUUUAAGAGGCAUCCACAUGAUGCCAACCUAUGAAUAGGCAAGAUUAGAGGGAGGAUUCAUUCUAACAUUUCCAUACUGGCUGCUUUUGUGUAGCAAGCACAAGAAUGAGAGUUUCAGUGAAAGCUCCAUGUCCUAUUAGUAAACUGAGGGCUUGUUAUUGCACCUAGGUAUCUAUCUGCUUACAUUUGUUUAUCUCUUUCAAUUAACUUUAAUUUACUUGAUAAUGAUUUCAAAAAUCACGAACCAUAAAUUUGACAAGAAUUCUAAAUACACACUUAUUGUCAGAGUUACUUAUCAGAAUUGGUAUUCCAAUGAUGAUCUUCUUGAAAAUAUUGAGUAUUUAUAGUAUAUACUAUACAUAGAAUUGUAAUAAUAUGUAGAGUAUUUAACUUUUCUAAACCUUGUUAUACUCUACCAUCCCAACUUUCCUAUCUUUUGAGUCAUCAAUCAUUCUUUGAUUUUCACUCACAUUGUAAUCAUGGAUGCCUAAUGCUCAUGGUUGUAGGACUGAUUUGCAAGUUUAGAAGACAGACUAAUGUGCCAUUUUGUUGUUUGAGGGAAAUAGAAAGCUUUUCCGUAAAUAUUAAGUAAACAAUCCAGUUCAAAUCUAAUGGGAACAGACUUGUAUAUACUGUAUGUAAAUUGUUGUAUAUCAAGAAAUAAAAUACAUCAUAAUUU